UUUGAACCUGGGUUUAUUCCUGUGAGUUUGGUUCGUGCUAUUUACGCUUGAGGUAUGCUUUUUUAGUACCAGUAUACGCCAUAUGCGUUAAACAAAUGCCAUAACCUAUAAUGGCAUAUCUCACAUGAAUUAUCAGUUCGUUUUUAUCGUAUCAGUUUUUACAAAAAAUAUCGGUUAUAUUUUUACAGUGUAACAAUUGUUAUUCAUUUUACAAAGUAGUUUUUACAAAGUUUAGUGGACGUAUCAAUUUAAUAUUUUAAUAUCGAAAAUGUUUGCCCCUGCAAAUAGAGCUCCAUUUGGGGCGAGCCCUACUACUUUUGGCUUCAACGCACCGACCAACCCAAAUCCAUUUGGUCAACAAACACAAAUGUUUGGUACAGCAAAUGCAACAUUUGGAGCUGCAACACCAGCCUUUGGUCAGACUGCAGCUCCAAUGUUUGGUGCCACACAGCAGCAACAACAACAGCAGCCAUUGUUUGGAAACACAACAGCACCAGCCUUUGGAUCAAACAUUCAAAACACCUUUGGUCAAAACACUACCCUAUUUGGACAAAAUCAAAACCCACCUGCAGCAAAUUUGUUUGGCACUACUAACAAUGCAUUUGGACAGCAAAGUAAAUCCAGUGGAUUUAGUUUUAAUGCUCCUCAGCCUAGUGGAAUGUUUGGGCAAGCCCAACAGCCAGCCCAGCAGACCAACAUGUUUCAACCAUCUACGUCAACAAACAUGUUUGGUGCAUCUAGCUUUGGAGGACAGACUCAGCAAACUGGUACACCCAUAAAGUUCACACCAGUUACCAGCACUGAUUCCAUGCAAAAAGGAGGUAGUUCCACCAUGAUCCAAACCAAACACCAUAGUAUUACCUGUAUGAAGGAAUAUGAAGGGAAAUCAUUUGAAGAGUUGAGAUGUGAAGAUUAUUCAGUAAACAGAAAGGGUCCACAGCCAGCAUCAGGUUUCACAAGUGCUCCUGCUUUUGGAACUGUGGUAUCAUCUGCACCUUCACUCUUUGGACAACCUGAAAACAAACCAGCCUUUGGACAAUCUAAUACAUUUGGACAAACCACUGCUUUUGGAACUAACCAGCCCAGCACUAGUGCUGGAGUGUUUGGUAAACCAGCAACAGGUUUUGGCCCUACUACAACUGCCAGUUCAUUUGGAGCAUUUACUAGCACAGCAUCUGCAAACGUCUUUGGAGCGCCAGCAGCAUCUAAAUCAUUUGGAGUACAGAGCACACCAUCUCUUUUUGGCCAGCAGUCAACUAGUGGUUUUGGUAGCACACCGUUUUUCGGGCAAGCUUCAACGCAACAGAGUAUGUUUAACAAAACUUCUCAGCCUGGAUUUCAAACUUCUCAGCCAGCGGCUUUCUCUUUUGGACAGACACCUGCCUCAACCACCAAUUCAUUAUUUCAACCAUCAAAACCUAGUACUGGUUUUAGCUUGUUUAAUCAAAAUACUACAACAACUGCAGGGUUUGGCCAACAACCAACUUCUGGAUUUACAGGAUUUAGUAGCUUCUCUAAACCUGCUCAGACUUUUGGUCAGCCAGCGCAAACGGGAUUCUCAAAUAUGCAAGGAGGUACUUUAUUUGGAAAUAACGCAGCAAAACCUACGUUUGGUAAUCAAUCGCUAAAUCUUUUUAAUAAUAUGCAACCAACAAACAACUUUUCUCUUCAACCUCAACAAGCGCAACAACAAAUUGGGCUUGGUACUCAAUCACAAGCAGAUGAUGUUCGAAAUAUGUUCAAUAUGAUUGAACCAUAUGGAUUUGCUCCUCAUUUAGAUGGUUUAAAGUGUAUGAGCCCUUCUGAUACACAUUACACUACAAAUCCUAAAGAUAUUGAUAAUGUUUUAAAAGCACAAGACAAAAAUCCGACUUCAUCUCCCGUUAUUAAGAAAGUUAAAGUUACGUCUCCACCGCCACAAAAUAAAUGGUCUGAAUUUGAAACUGCAUAUGAAGAAGAACCAGAUUAUAAUAGCAUCAACUUUAAAAUUAAUAAUAGUACCAAGAAGCUUCACCUAAAGGGUGGACCAUUAAAGAAACCUGAACCGUUAGUCGUGUUCAAUGAAGGGCAAAUUUCUGGUGGUGAUACUAGUACAUCGAAUGCAUAUGCCUCUCUACCAUCUGCGUUCAAAACUCCCAGUCCAGAAUGUUCAACAGAAAUUCCUGCAGCCGAUAAGUCAUCAAUGACAGAGAAGGAUGUCUCUGUUUCAGUGAAAGACGUUCAAACGGAGCCCAGACGAUCUAAAUCUAAGAGCCCAGAACCUACACCAUAUACUGGAACUAAUAACUUAAGUAUCAGUUCCACCAGCACUGCUGAUACUAGUUCUUCUAAAAAGCCAUCAAUUGAUACAUGUGGAAUUACUUGCACUCGUCCGGAAUAUUAUACUAUUCCGCCACUGGACAAAAUCGCUCAAUAUAAGAAUUCAGAUGGAUCAUGUAUGAUCAAAGGCUUCACCAUUGGAAGAAUUGGAUAUGGAAAUGUAUUCUUUCCGGAUAUCAUGGAUGUUUCUAAUUUGAAUAUAGAUAAGCUAGUGCAUUUCCGUUACAAGGAGGUUUCUAUUUACGGAGAGAACGACGAUAAACCACCGAUCGGCGAAGGACUGAACAGAAGGGCACAGGUUACUUUAGAUAGGGUAUAUCCAAAGAGAGAAACGAACAAAGACGAAUUUGAAACUGAUCCAGAUACGCUUAUUGCUGACAACUUCGGUGAAGUACUGAGGAUGGCAUCUAGCAGAUUGAGUUCGUCUUUUGUGGAUUACCGUCCGGAAACUGGCUCUUGGGUAUUCAACGUCGAGCACUUCUCUAAGUACGGUUUAUCAGACUUGGAAGAGCAGCAAUAUAGAGAUGAAUUAAAAAAGAAGCAGUCUCAGAAGGAAAAGGAUGAUAAAGAAGCUGAGAAGCGCAAGGAAAAUGAAAAUAAAGAAAAUGUACAAGUGGCCAAACAUAGAGGUCUUGGUGGCAUGCCUUUAGAAGAAAGUAAACCAACAUAUACAUCUCCCUAUGAAUUAGCACCUGCAACAAGUACAACAAGACAGCACAUUGAUCUUACAUCUACUCUUAUGGAUUAUGAAACAAGCAGACAUGAUCCUGGAAUGAGUAUGAUGAUGAACACCUUUGUUGAUGACAAUUUUGCAAGCGGCGAUAAAGUGAAACAAAUGGAUGUGUACUUCGACGAUGUUCCACAGAAAAUCAUUUUAGAAAAAAUCGAGAAACCACGAGUUAAGGUUCCAAGACCGAAUCUUUAUAAAUUAACCAACACUACAGUUCGUGUCCCAAUCAACAGGUCCAUGAUACCAUCUAAGGGGAUAAUGGAUGCAGCAAUUUUUAAAGGACGCAGUUUUAAGGUAGGAUGGUCAAGAGGAUUUACGAUUGCUGCAUUAGGUAACUCGAACAUUACCAGAGUUGGUGACUUCGAAGAGUUAUUUAUGCCCAAUACCGUGACUUUGCUGACUGUUUCUGAUACGUGCAAAGAACUAAACAAACGUGGUAACUUUGAUCCAUUCUUGGAUACCCUCGAUGAUUAUAUGAACCUGAUCCUUAGCGACGUAUCUUUCUCCGAUUCCAGUAUUCCCCUUGUAAAAAUAAACAUUAGCGGAAACGUAUUGUUCAACAUGGAGUUAUUUGCUAAGAAACACUCGAAAUCGAAUAGGGAUAACAAAUAUAUGGAAUAUUAUAAACAUAUUUGGGGUUUGUGUAUGGCGUUUUGGGGCAAAUGUGAUCCAAAGGAAUCCUAUACGACCAGAAGAAUAAUGUUCCAAUCGUGGUUGGAAGCUGUCACGUCUGAAUUGGUUAGGCACGACAUGGCGAAGUAUGGAAUAUUCAAUGAUGCAGAGACGGCAUUAAAGAAGAUUCUAUCUUUGCUUUCUGGUCAUCAAAUAAAGAGAGCUGCAGAAAUGGCAUUUCAGAGAAACUAUCCUCAACUAGGUAUGUUGAUUUCACAGUUGGCCGCUGGAAAUACAACAAAGUAUUGUACAAGAUAUCAAAUACAGUUGUGGAACGAUAAUACUUCGAUUGAACACAUUGAAGAAGACGUGUUGAAAUUGUAUCUCCUGGCGUGUGGUGCUCCCAUGUAUAAUGAUGUUAAUGUUUGUGAGAAUAUGGAUUGGUUAAGAACACUAGGUGUUUACUUUUGGUAUAUAACGCCAAGCUCGAAACCUGUUACUCAUGCUAUUCAGAUGUACGAAGAAGCCUUUAACACUACCACAUAUGCAGAGAAACCUAUAACAGCGUUAGGCGACGAACUCACUUGGGAUAUUAUGUUUUUCAUUAUGAAAUUAUACUGUAACCCUCUCAGCGAUUUAAGCCAGUUGUUGAAACCUUCGACUCAUUCUGGAGACUCCACAGAUUAUAGAAUGAGCUGGUUACUUUUACAAACAUUUGAAUCGCUAGGUGUGGGUUUGAUUAGCGAACAAGCUAAACUUCAUAUAACCACCAUAUUUUCUACUCAAUUAGAGCAAUUGGGCAUGUAUAAAUGGGCUAUAUUCGUAUUGAUGUUCAUACCCGACGUUACUGUAAGGAAGAACUUGGUGAUGGGAGUGCUCGAUAGAAACCUGAGCGAAGAAUCUGAAGAUACAGAACGGGAUAUAGUCUUGAAGUUAAAAAUCCCCAUCAAGUGGCUGCACCAGGUCAAGGCGGUUAAAUGCGAGCAACUGGGUAGAUACUGGCUUUCAUACAAACAUUUGGCCCACUCACAAAUGUGGCGAGAAGCGCACGACUUCAUCUUUAAGCAUAUACUUCCAAACUUGAUCUGUAAUCAUGAUUUUGAACUACUCCGCGAUAUCCUGCACGAGAUCUCCGCUGGCAGCGGCCAAAUUUAUCGCUGGAAGAACCGGGGAGGCCUUCUCAUAGAAUUCAUCAACGUCUGGACAUUUUUGCAACAAAAGAAAAAGGAUAUGCGGGUCGUCGAUCUGAAGAAACUGCAGAACCAAGUGAUGUACAUAGUCACACGCCUGAAAAGUUUUCCUUCGUCAAAGCCUUUUGAAGUGAUGAUCAUCUCUGAAAUCUCCAAGUUUUGUUCAACAUUUAAUUACUCCAUCCUAAAACAGUUGCCUUACGACAGCCAAACACUACUGCGUCAGUCCUCCGACUUUAUUCAACAGCUCGUUAUGCCGUUCGAUUAUAAAUUCGAGGAAAUUAAUAAAUCUGUUUGUGUUAUGUACAAAUAGUUACAAUAUCCAUUUCACAUUUAAUAUUAUAACUUACAUAUUAA